AUGGUGUUCGUGCACAUUGUGCUGGUGAAGGUCAAGGCGCAGGUCCUCUCGAACGGCUACGAGGAGUUCAAGGCGCGCCUCGAGACGCUGCGUGAUCUGCAGGUGACCAAGGACGAGGUCGUGCAGCUCAAGUGGGGCCCUCCCCUGUGGGACGUUCGUGCGCAGGGCUUCAACUACGGUCUCUACUCCGUCUUCCGCACGCGCGAGGGCCUCGAGCGCUACAAAGACGACAACGACCACAAGGACUUUGCCAAGAUGAACCUCAUCCCGAACGUCGACGACGUCCUUGCGUACGACUUUGAGGUGUAG